CGCAUUGCUCGUCCACCGAUGCCUACGGGGUCAUCGAGUUUCAGGGGGGAGGACACGUCAACAAGGCCAUGUACAUCCGGGUGUCCUAUGACUCCAAAGCGGACCACCUGCUGCACCUGAUGGUGAAAGACUGGCAGCUGGAGCUCCCCACGCUGCUCAUCUCGGUGCACGGAGGUCUGCAGAACUUCGACCUGCCCCCCAAACUUAAGCAGGUCUUUGGGAAAGGACUGAUCAAAGCGGCGGUGACCACCGGAGCCUGGAUCUUCACCGGAGGCGUCAGCACGGGAGUGAUCCGGCACGUUGGAGACGCUCUCAAAGACCAUUCUUCAAAGUCCAGAGGGAAAGUCUGCGCCAUCGGCAUCGCACCAUGGGGCAUUAUCGAGAACAAAGAGGACCUCAUCGGGAGAGACGUGUGUCGGCCCUAUCAGACCAUGACCAACCCGCUCAGCAAGCUGUCGGUGCCGAACAGCAGCCACUCCCACUUCAUCUUGGCCGACAAUGGGACCCACGGGAAGUACGGCGCCGAGGUCCGCCUCCGCCGGCAGCUGGAGAAACAUAUUGCUCUGCAGAAGAUCAACACACGUGAGUCAGAGCGGCUCAUCGUAAAUGUGGCACUAUGGUUUAUAUUUCUUAUUAAAAUGAGUGUCUGUGUGUCAGGUCUGGGUCAGGGCGUCCCCGUGGUAUGUCUGAUCCUGGAGGGGGGGCCGAACGUCAUCUCUAUCGUGUUGGAGAGUCUGAAGGAGGAACCUCCGGUCCCUGUCGUCAUCUGUGACGGCAGCGGCCGCGCCUCGGACAUAAUUUCCUUCGCUCACAGAUACUGCGGGGAGGACGGGUGA